AUGUCGUCAGUUACCGGAAACCCUCCAAUCGUCCCUUCAGGCUACACGGCCAACAUAAGCGCACCUAGCGCCACCAAAGGCGUCAAGGAGCUCGAAUCCCAACUUCCCAAGCAGGAGAACCCUCUAAAGACGGAAGCGAACAAGGCAGGACUGAUGGCGCCAGGAAAGCAGGGUACGACUGCUAACCCGAACAUGCCUUCAGAGCCACGGGAGAGGAAAUAG